UCACAACUUCAUGGAGGUCUGUUGGGAGAAAUGUGUGGACAAGCCGGGUUCUAAGCUGGACUCCCGGACAGAGAGCUGCCUGGCCAACUGCGUCAACCGCUUCAUCGACACCACGCUCGCCGUCACCAACCGCUUUGCGCAGGUCUUGCAGAAAGGGGGGCACUGAUGGCCAGCGGAUUAGCCGAUGCUCCGUCCGUUCCUUGGACCGACAUCCUACCUCACCACGGAAAUGGCUGACCGUCCCCUUAGGAAAACAGUGCUCUUAAACUGAAUCGUGCCAAACAAGUUACUGAUUAAUAAAUCAUGAAGAGCUGUACGAACACACUGAUGCUGGAAAGUGGAGGCUCUGCUCAUUUUCCUUUUCUCCAGCUACAGGAGAAUAAGCCAAAAAGAGCUGCCAAAAUGAUUUGUUUUCUUUGAUUUGUGCUUUUGCAAACCCACUGAUGAAGUCGUUGACUUUCUAAUAGCUGAUUUACAGCUGCCAUAGGCCAGCUCUGGAUCUCUGCACACUGAAGUCACCUCUCACAAUUUAGAAUUAUACUGUUGGUGGUAAUAUGAUUGUGACUUGAAUGUGGCAUUUCUCAAGAGUUUUUACUAGUUUAUGAUCACUUACUGAAAUUAGUGAAAUUUAUGUAAAUGUAGUAUCUGUUUCGAGGGCAGAGUAAACUACAUUUUCCAUCCA